AUGAUAUGCCUUGAUGAUGGCCAGGAGAUUGCAGGUGAACUAGCCUUAGUCCCUUAUCUUGGUGUUGGAGAUGUCCAAGGAAGACCCCAUCUCCAGCCAAACCCCAUCUCCGGCCAGACCCCAUUUCUGGCCUCUCUCAUUCUCAACGGGGAAACCCACUUCACCCUUAACAAAGAUCGAUCACCUGGGUCGUCUGUCGGAGGUCAUCCUAAUCGCCUCUUCCAAGUCGGCCACCACCAGAUCUGCCCUCCACCAGUGGUUCAUCGUCGAAUAGGCAACCUACAUUCUCACCCAUUGAUACUUCACCGAUCUCUCACAGCAACAGCAAGUCCCCAUCUGACUAUAGUUCCUAAUCUCUUCACUGAUUUUAUUACCGACAAGGAAUUAUAUUUUAGAAGACGAAGGAAACCAACAAUGAGUGACAUAGAAAAUCAUAUUGUGCUUGCGGAAUCAUUUGAAGAUAACUCGAGAACUUUGGUUGAUAAUGAGCAAAUUAUUGAAGACAAUGAGUGUCCCGCAUUAAACAACGAACUGCCAGAAGAAGACAAUGAGCUUAUCCCUAAGGUUGGAAUGAAGUUCAAUGACGAGAAGGAAGUUUUUGAAUUUUAUAAAAGAUAUGCUUACCAUGUGGGUUUUCCUGUUAAAAGAAGGAGUUCGAAGAAGGGAGAUGAUGGGUUGGUAAGAUAUGUGGGAUAUGCAUGUUGUCGAGAAGGAAAAAGAAAUAUUAAAGGUAGUACCUCCCUGAACCCUCAACCAACAAUGCAAUUAGGGUGUAAAGCUAGAAUAACAGCAUGUUCAGAUAUUUUAGGGACAUGGCGAAUAAACAUGGUUCAUCUUGAGCAUAACCAUAAAACAAGUCCAACCAAGUCUAGGUUAUAUCGAUGCAACAGGCAAUUAAGCGAACAUGUGAAGCGACAGCUUGAAGUGAAUGACAUAGCUGGAAUUCCAUUACACAAAAGUUUUAACUCAGCUGUUGUUGAAGCUGGUGGAUAUGAGAACCUGACAUUUGUGGAAAAGGAUUGCAGGAAUUACAUUGAUCAGGUGAGGAGGUUAAGACUUGGAGAAGGAGAUGCUGCUGCUAUUCAAGCUUAUUUUUCAAAGAUGCAAGCCUUUUGUCCGGGUUUUUACUUUAGUGUGGAUUUGGAUGAAGAGUAUCGAUUGAAGAAUGUCUUUUGGGCUGAUAAUAGGUGUAGACAAGCAUUCAAGGAAUUCGGCGAUGUUGUCACAUUUGACACCACAUACCUGACAAAUAGAUAUGACAUGCCUUUUGCUCCAUUUGUUGGUGUAAAUCACCACGGCCAGUCGACACUGCUUGGAUGUGGUAUAAUUUCCAAUGAGGACACCAAGACUUUCGUGUGGCUCUUUAGGACAUGGCUUGAGUGUAUGGAGGGUCAGGCCCCUGCAGGAAUAAUCACUGAUCAAGAUAGGGCCAUGCAAAAUGCUAUUGAGAUGGUCUUCCCUAACACAAAGCAUAGAUGGUGCUUGUGGCAUAUAUUAAAGAAGUUACCUGAAAAAUUUGGGAACCAUGGCUGUAAGGCUUAUAUUCUUUCAGCUGUACAUGACGCGGUGUAUGAAUCACAGAGUCCUGGAGAAUUCGAGCAAACCUGGAAUUCAAUGAUUGAGCAAUAUGCAUUGCAUGACAACGAUUGGUUGUAUGGGCUUUACAAAGAAAGAGACCGAUGGGUCCCAUGUUUCUUGAAAACUAGGUUUUGGGCAGGGAUGUCAACAACACAGCGAAGUGAGGGUAUGAAUGCAUUCUUCGAUGGAUAUGUACACUCAAAAACCUCGUUGAAGCAAUUUGUUGAACAAUAUGAGCGGGCAAUGAGGUGUAAGGUAGAAAAGGAGUUUCAGGCUGACGUUAAGUCAUUUUCUCAAAUGAUCCCAUGUGCAUCGAAAUAUCCCAUGGAGAAACAAUUUCAAGAAGUCUACACAAUGGCAAAAUUCAAGGAGUUUCAAGAAGAGUUCACUGGGACGAUGUAUUGCACGAUUGUGUCUGCCGAAGAGGGAUCAUUGGGUAUGAGUUGUCACAUGUUUGAGUUUAAGGGAAUAAUUUGUAGACAUGUUGUGACAACAUUGAUCCACAAUGGUGUCAGAUCAAUUCCUGAGAGUCAGUUUUCCAAGGUAGCUGACUUGGUAGCAAAUGACGAAGAACGAACUCGGGCAACCAUGGAGUGGAUCCAGUCUCAAUUGAAUACAUUGAGUAUAUCCUAUGCGAAGCCAAGUUGUGAUAGUAAUAUCUAUGUUGAACAUAGUGUGCAAGAACAAAUCCCUAAUUAUGAAGAGACAACAACAGCUUUAAGCGGGCAAAUAAUGGAUCCGAGAUGCUCCCAGACAAAGGGAGCCCCUAGGAAGCUUCGCAAUAAAGGCCCAUUGGAAACAAGUACUAAGAAAGCCAAGGUGGGAUCCUCGAAAUCAAGUAAAGGCAAGGCCCCUAGGCAAAACAUUGUUCAAGAUGCUCAACCAUUCAAUCAAACUUUUCUACAAGAUGCACAAUAUCAUGCGCUCCCACCAAUCUCCUUCACACAACAUAUGUUGACUACAAUGCCUCAAACUUGGAAUGCUGCUCACAAAAUGCCUAUGGUUCCAACAUUUGGCACGGCUCAGCCUUUUAUGCCAAUGUACCCGCCCUACCAACAGUCGAAUGACAACUUGCCAGAUUUUUGA